UCCUCCUCCCGGAGCUCGGUGGCUCUGAGCGCGGUGCAGAGACGGAAGAAGCCGCAGUGUGGAGCAGGGAUGCGGGUGUGCUGAUGUGAGCGGUCCCUCUGUCUCUGUGGGCCGGCCGGAUACCAGACUGCAGUCUCCUGCGGCCGCAGAGCUCCGUGUCCCUCCCGGAUCCCUAAAGCGCUGUCCGGAUGGCUGGACACCGCUGGGAGGACUGGUUCGAGCGGGAGGAGUUUAUCGGACAUAUCAGCGACAUCCGAGUGCAGAACCUGCAAGUGGAAAGAGAGGUGGUGCAGAAGAGGACCUUCACACGAUGGAUGAACCUGCAUUUAGAGAAGUGUGACCCGCCGCUGCAGAUCCAGGAUCUGUUCCAGGACAUCCAGGAUGGAUACGUCCUCAUGGCUCUGCUUGAGGAGCUGUCCGGCUGCAAACUGCUCCACGGCUUCAAGAAGUCCGCCCAUCGGAUUUUCCGACUCAACAACAUCGCUAAGGUGCUGUCCUUCCUGGAGGAGAGAAAUGUGAAGCUGGUCAGCAUCGAUGCAGUCGACAUCGCUGAUGGAAACUCCUCCAUCAUCCUUGGACUCAUCUGGAAUAUCAUCCUCUUCUUCCAGAUCAAGGAGCUAACGGGAAACAUCCGGAGCCAGUUCCCCUCCUCGUCCAGCUUGUCAUCCAUCCCCACCAGCUCCGACUCCGACACGUCCUUCAGCAGCACGCCGUCAGAGGAACGACAGUCUGCUGCCGCCACCAUGAGGGAGAACAGCAAGGCCAUAAAGAAGCUGCUGCAGUGGAUCCAGAGGAGAACCCGGAAGUACGGCGUGGCCGUGCAGGACUUUGGGAAAAGCUGGACCAGUGGUUUGGCCUUCCUGGCCGUCAUUAAGUCCAUCGACUCCAGCCUGGUGGACAUGAGAAAGGCCCUGCUGAGGACUCCCAGAGAGAACCUGGAGGACGCCUUCAGGAUAGCUCACUACAGUUUGGGAAUACCGCGACUGCUGGAGCCUGAGGACGUGACUAUAAAUGCUCCAGAUGAGCAGUCCAUCAUCAUGUAUGUUUCCCAGUUCCUGGAGCACUUUCCCGGCACACAAGAGUCCGAGGAACCCUCCCAGGUGAUUGAACGAAGCGUCUCCAUGGGCAGACUCAACUUCCGUGACAUUGACUCGGAGCACAUGAGGAACGGAGCCCAUUUCAGCAGAGUGAAGCAGCGUUCCUACAUGUUCCAGAAGGACUCCACCCAACCUCCACCUAAACUCCUGAUCUCCUCAGUGUCGGAGGACAGAAGCGUCUUGGAGCCGCGUUUCAGGGUGGCUGCAGCUCGAUCGUGGUCAAGCGACGACAUUUUAUCAGACCCCCCCCACGCCGAAGACGUCUCCAUCAGAGAGACCGGCAGCGACGUUCUGCAGGACUUUGGUUCCCCUCAGCAGUCCUUCACUCACUCACCCUCAUCAGUACCAGAGUCGCUGAUUGGAGACUCUGCCAUCAACUCUCCAGACUCCUGGAUGGAGGGGGAGCUGAAUCCGGACCGGUUCUGUGAGAGUCGCAGUGACAGCUCUUUAUGUGACAGUGGGACGGCCUGGGAUGUUUACCGGGCCACGCCGGUGGAGGUGAUGCCGUACGAUGAGGGAUUUAUCUCCUCCGUUGAGGACCGAGCUCCUGAUGAAUCCAUUAUUGAGACAUACAUUGAUGAAGGGAUGAGCUCUCUGGACAGAAUCGAUAUGGAGACUGAGAGAAACCAAGAAGAAUCGGAGAUCACUGAGACUCUAAACCAUGAACCAAACUUGGCAGCUGAUGUUGAAGAAACCAAACUUAUGGGUGUGGAUGAAAUUGCAGUGCAACAGGCUGCAGUUCCCAGAAUACAAGAACCUUUGGAUAGGGUGUGUGAAACAGGACUGUACCGUUUUGAUGCUGGAAAUCUUGAGAAAUCAGAUCAGUUGAACCAGUUUGAGCCUUUCUUUUCCACUGAACCACCUGAAGAGAUCCCUCUGAUUAAACAGGAUGGAGAAGGAAGUCACCAGGAUGGACAGUUUCCUCCUGAGCAGACGCCUCAGGAGGAAACUGAUUCAACUCCAGAGGAUAAAUUAGAGGAGCUGCAUGAUACGUCAAAGAGUUUUAAUGAAGGGAAUGACUCAGCUGUUGAAUGCCAAGAUAUUUUAAGGGACUUCUCACAGUGUGAGGAGACCAGCAGCUCAGAAACAUCAAAUAAACAUUCAGUCAAACCAAGUCUGAACAUUCCUCUGAUCUCCAUUACCAGUGAGCCAGAGGAAACGGAUGAAGAGACAGAACCUUACCCAGUAAUACUUGAUCAGGACGAACAUGAAGAUCAGCAGAGAAACCCAGAGGUCCAGAGUUUGCAAGGUCCGGAUCCACCAAGCAUUGUUUACAGUGAGGCUGAUGGACAAGAACCUCCAGAGAUCCCAUCCAGUUUGAUACCAGAGAACAAUAAACCAAUGACAGACCCAGAAAUUGAGUCUUUAAAUGAACCAGGUGACCAGAAUGGGACUCAUCCAGAAAGUGACUACAAUGAUAACAGGAAACAGGAGGAAGGGCUUCCUGGGAACCAUUCCCUGGAAGAUGGAUGUGACAACCAGCCUGAGAAUCCUAACGGAGACGGAAAGUUUCCAUCUGAUGGACACCGGGACACACUGACUGAAAGGGAGACGGAGGACAGCCCACAGAACCUCCUGGACUCUUUUGAUGGCUUCCAGAACGUUCUGGAUGCAGAACCUCAGAAGCUGAACGGUCAGAUAGGGAUGCCGUGUUCUCCACCAGCAGAUUUACCCAGAAACUUGGAGCAGCUGUCGCCUCACUUCGACAGACUUUCUCCCAUAGAGGAGCUGGUCGGUGACCGGAUUGAACCCAUGGAUCUGUUCUACCCGGACAAAGAGGAGUCCGUUCUUCCAGAACUUCCUGACUCAGACAUGCAGAGGUGGCCUUCGGUUCUGAGCGUCUCUGCUCUCCAACCAGCGCCACCUUCAGACAGACCGGAGGACCUACAGGUGGACUUCCUGAGUGGAGGAGAGCAGGAUCGUACGCCUCCUGAUUCGCCUCUAUCCCAGGAGCAGUGUCUGAUGUGCGGAGUGACGAUCGGCGCUGAUGUUUCAGAAGCAGACAGCAAAGCAAGCUCUCUGAGGUUGGACUCGGUCCACAUCCCUCCGGUGCUCCGACACAGAAAAGGAGGUCGCCUCUCAGACUCCACGGACAAACCGAGAGCUGCGCCCAGAAGAGCUGAAGCUGAAGACUCUGAUUUAUGGUGGAGGGAGAACUGGGAGCUGUGUGUGCUGCUGCUGCUGUGGCUGCUGCUCUACUCCUUCAUGGUUCUCCCACAGAUAGACCUGAAGACGCUGCCGAGCCUGCUGCUCAACCGAUAAACACCCACGCCCACACACACCCACGCACACACCCCCACACGCACACACACUUACUGAAACACACAUUAAACACUCUGACACUGACUCAGAGCUUAGCUACCGCCCUCCUCUUCAUCACUGACUGCACUCCAGCUUAAAUUAAGGCUUUUUAUUCUUUCUUUCUGACUGAAUUCAUUUUGUUUUUGAUUUACCUUUGUAAAAACAAAUAUAUAUAUA